CACCACGCCCUCACCACUCCCGCCCGCCUCUCCCUCUUGCUUCCUCCAUCCAUCCACUCCCAAGUUCGCUCCCAAGGCCGCCCUCCAAGUUCGCCCCGUCUCUCUCCGUGGCCCGUACGCAGUCCAGCCUGCGCCUCUCUCCUGCCCUGUAGCCCUCUCGCCGACGCCCACUCUCGCUUUCUCCGACCUUCUCUUCUCUGCCUCGUGCCACCGCCCGCGCCGCCGAGGCACCUCUGCUGCUUGCGACAUCCACGCCGCACAGCUGGCUGCUGCUCUACUCCUCCAGCCACACACUCGUUCGCGCCCGCCAUGGACCAGAGCUCGCCGCGCACCGGCGUCGCGUCCGAGAGCGCCGUCGAGCGCGACCAGCGCAUCAUCAGCGCGCGCAAAAAGCUCAAGUCGUACCGCGCCAAGCAGGCGCAGAUGGAGAAGAAGCGCAUCUCCAUCGUCACGCAGCCAGCUGCCGGCAGCAGCCACGCGGCGAUUGUGAGCAGCGCCGCCGAGCCGCGCGCCGACGAGGUCAGCGCGCAGCUCGAGCGCUACUCCAUCUCGUCGCAGCCGGCAGCGCGCACGUCCGUCGGCCCGCCGCCGGCUCACUCGCGCACCUCGUCGCGUGCCGGCCACGGGCGCGGCCAUUCGCGCAACGGCUCCAUCUCGCUCGCCGGGCCGUCGUCGGUGGGCGCUGCCGCCGCCGCGCCGGCGCCCGCCGCACGCCCCACCAGCACCAUGGCCUUUGUCGCCUCCGCAUCGCACAGCCGCCGCCACUCGCGCAGCGGCUCGCGCUCGGCAUCACGGUCCGGCAUCCGCCCGGCGAGCCUGCUCUUCGGCGCGCCGGCCGCUGCGCCGCACCGCCGCGACAGCGUCAGUGACGCGCAGCAGACCGCCUCGCUGGCCGAGCCCACUGCCGUCGGCUUCCCGCCGCGCGUGCCCAGCCCGCUCAGCGCCGAGGUGCUCAACACGCCGCAGACGUCGUGCAGCGCCGACUCGUCCACACCCGCCCAGACGCCCGUGGCAGUGCAGCCCACGCCCUCGUCGCACGCGCGCAAGCCGAGCCGCCACUCGCGGCGCACCAGCGUGAGCACGCGCCGCGAGAGCAUGGAGAUCAUGGGCGGCAUCGGCCUGGGCAUCGGCGCUGCGGCCUCGGCCGACUCGGCGCUCAGCAACGCGACGACAAAGCGCAGCAGCCGUCGCUUCAGCACCAACCGGCACAGCGGCAUCCUCUCGGCCAGCGUGCUCUUCGGCGGCUCGCCGGACCCGGUGCCCGGGAUGCUCGGCUCGCGCGCCAGUGUGCGCCGCUCGGGCGCGCGCAACGACUUCGACUGGCGCGUGUUCGCCACGGGCGCCGAGGAGCCGGCGCCAAGCGACGGCAGCGACCGCCUCACCGCGCUCGAGAAGCUCGAGGGCCGCAGUCGCCCGGCAGCCGCAUCGACGCAGGCGUCCAGCGGUCCCAGCAAUGCCGCAGGCUCAAAUCGCCGCCACUCGCGCCAGAGCAGCGUGCAGCUGCCGAGCUUCGACGACGUGCACGGCUCCGAGGCCAUGGACCGGCGAGCCAGCGUGUCGCUGCUCGAGGCCAACGAGACGACGACCUCGUCCGAGCGCCCGCCACCACUGGCGCCGCGCCUGAGCCUUGCGCCGCCCGCCGCCGUGCUGUCGCUCUCGGGCGACGUCGUCGAGGCCCUGAGCGUCAGCGCCGCCGCAGGGCCCAACUCGCGACCCACCUCUAUCCGCAUCGCACCCGACGCCGCCUCGCAGCUCGAGGGCCUCGGCACAUUGCUCGAGGAGGAAGAGGAAGAGGAGGACACGUCGCUACUGUCGCCUGUGCGCGAGCGGCCGUCGCUCGACCUCGACCAGGCCAUCGAGCGGCGCCAGCGCAAGGAGGCCGAGGCCGAGACGAUCAAGCAGAAUCGCCGCGGCUCGCUGACGCCCAAGCCGCUCAAGCUCAAGAGCCGCCCGGCAAGCCUCUUCGUCGGCUCCAACAUGGGUCUCGCCGCCGCCGCUUCGACGCUGCUCUCUCCCCGCGGCAUGACGAGCAGCAACUCGCUGCCGCAGCUGGCUGCUCUCGCCGACGUGGGCGAGGAGGGCGAGGCGGCAGCCGAGGACACACCGGCCCAGACCGAGGCGCCGAUCUCGUCGCUGCGGCGGUCGAGCGACUCGGAGACCGCGGCACCUGCAAGCGCCAAGCCGCGCGAGGUCUCGCUCGUGGAUGCACGGCAGAAGCUCGCCGAGGCUCGCGCCAACGUCGUGCACGCCCAGCAGCACGGCGCCGUGGCCACGCCCGAGAUGAAGCGCAGCUGGCGCUCCUCGCUGCCGGCCGCAUCUGCCGUGCCGAACCCGCAGUCGAGCACGCCGCCAUCAGACACGCCCGUGCGCGUCCGCCAGGGCAUGCGUGCCCUGCGCCUCGGCAGCGGCAGCGUCUCGUCCGGCCCCCACCACCAGGGCGCCAGCGACUCGCUCAGCUCCAUCUCGAGCGUCGCGACGUCGUUGUCCGCCGGUCCUAACGCCGCGAGCAAGCGCCAGAGCAUGUCCAUGUCCGUCUCGACAUCGCGCGACGACCUGCAGAGCGCCUCGGCGCACGCCUCGCCGACCAGCCGCGACGGGCCGUCGCCCAUCGGCCUGCGCAACCGCAGCAGCAUCCACUACAAGCCGUCCAGCUCCACGCCGCUCUCGGCACCCGCCGCCGUCGGCGAUGCCAACGCAUCCUCUUCGCCGCUGGCCACCCACCAGGCCACCUUCGGCAUGCCCAGCAGCAGCAGCAGCGCCGUGUCGCACGGCAUGUACGAGGAGGUCAAGUCGGCGCACGCCCGCACGACGGCGCUGCUCGAGGCCAGCCGCAAGCAGGCCGACCGUCUCGGCCGCGAGCUCGCCGUGGAGAGUGAGCGCGCCGCACGCGAGUACGCCGAGCUCGAGCGCUGGAGCGCCGAGGAGAAGCGCACGCUCGGCAUGCGCAUCGAGCACCUCGAGAGCGGUGCACUGGCGGCACAGCAGACGCUGCAGGCCCGCGAGGCCGACUGGCACGCUCAGCUUGCCGAGGUCCAGCGGCAAGUCAACGAGGCCAGCGAGCGCCUCGAGGACGCCGAGGCCGAGCGCGACAUGCUCCAGGAAGACGUCGAUGGCUGGCGCACGCGCUGCAGCGACCUCGAGAAGUCGCUGCGCACCGAGCGUGCGGCGCUCGACGAGGAGCGCCGCUUCCGCACCACGGCCAAGCUGCGCAUCGGCGUGCUCACGCACAAGCUCGAGGAGGCCGGCCUCACGGUGCCGGCCUCUGCCAGCGAGGAGCUCACCUUCGAGGACAGCCUCCCGCACGACCUCGUCUCGGCGCUCCGCAGCCCUGCCCUGGGCUCCUCCAGCCCCGUGCUCGGCCCCGGCUACUUCUCGCCGGCCAUCGGCGGCAGCGGCUUCCCCGUCAGCGAUGCUGCGCCGCCGCCGCAGGCCGUCAAGCUGCUCAAGGAGAUGCGCCAGCAGAUCUUCAACCUCGCCGGCAGCCUCGAGCACGAGCGCAAGGAGCACCUCAAGGCGCAGCAGGAGGCCUCGUCGCUGCGCGCAGCGCUGCAGGAGCAGGACGAGCAGCGCGCCGCGGCGGCUGCCAGCCCCGCCGACCCGCCCUCGCCGAACGAGUGCGGCGACGACAGCCAUGCCUCGAGCAUGGGCAGCGUCACGAGCGGCAGCAGCAGCGAGCGGCACAGCCUCUCCGGCUUCGUGGCGCCCAGCAGCAGGAACAAGCGUCACGUCUUUGCCUACGACAGCAGCAUGGGCAGCACGUCGAUGGGCAGCGGCUCGAUUGCCACGGGCGCCUCGAGCGUCGUGCCGUCCGAGUACGAGCACGGCUCGCGCUCGCUCGACAGCGCCGACAAGUUUGCCUUCCUCUCCGAGCUCGAGGCCGCCGCCGGCGGCCUGCAGCCGCUGGCCGAGACCGAGGAGGAGCAGGACGACCUCGAGGCGCUGAGCGACCACGCCAAGACGCCGCUGGCGCGCGCCUCGUCGUACAUGGACGACGAGCCCGUCGACCUCGAGUCGGGCUGCUUCGGCGACGAGGAGGAGUACGACGACGACAUCGAGGCGGCCAACCGCGCUUCGAACGUCGAGUCGUCGGUGCCGCCCACGCCCGGGCUCGACCACUCGAGCCAGGUCAAGUCGACGUUCGGCACCAUUCCCGUGCUCGCCGUCGAGGGCAAGGUGCUGCCGCACAGCGCGCAGUCGUCGCUCGACAGCCGCGGCCCCACGUCGCCGGGCACGUCCACGUCGCCCGAGAGCGACGAGGUGCACACGCCGGCGAUGCUCGCCGCCGACGACUGGAUGGACGAGCUCGAUGAGGACGACGAGGAGGCGGCGGGCGACGCCACGCGCCCCGAGUUUGUGCGCGAGUGGUCCUUCAGCCUGGCAAGCGCCGCCAUGGAGGCCAAGAAGCAGCGCGUGCUCGAGGCGCGCCGUGCUGCCGCCUCGGCCGCCAGCUUCGCCGCCGCGCCGGGCUCGCAGAUGCGCAAGCGCAUGCCGCGCCGCCGCAAGCUCAGCAGCACCGAGGACUUCUUCGGCCUGAUGAGCCUCGACGUCAAGGAGCCGCUGCCGGCGCUGCCCGUGCCCGACGCCGCGCUCGAGAUGCCGCCGGUGUACGUCGACAGCUCGAGCCAGUACAGCCCGCAGGCGUCGAUCGACUACCGGCGCACGUCCGUCGAGAGCUACGACCGCUCGCCGCGCGUCAGCAUGCGUGUGUCGAGCGGCGCCUCGCUCGCCCACGGCGCACGGCCGCCCGUGGCGCGCAGUGCGUUUGCGCACCAGCAGGACGUCUACGGCGGCGCCACGGGCAUCCUCAGCGUUGAGGACGGCGGCAUCGCAGCCAUGUCGUCGCCCAUCGGCGGGCUCAUGGGCGGCGCGCUCGCGCGCAUGUCGCUCGGCGGCCUGACGAGUGCGCUGGGCGGCCUCUCGGGCUACCUGCUCUCGAGCCAGUCCAACGUCGCGCAGGCGGCCGCGCUCGCCACCAAGACGUGCGCCGCGGCGCCCGAGCUCGAGACGCCCACGGGCAGCAUCAGCUGGAGCGCCCAGCGGCGUGAGGAGCGCGACGAGGAGGAGAGCCUCGGCUCGUACCACAGCUACGCCUCGCGUUCGCAGCCGCGCACUGCCGCCUGGUAGCCGCCUCGCUGUCGUCUUGGUCUGGAGGCCUCCCUCACGCCCGCCCGGUGCCGCACGGUGCCGUGCCCAUGUCUUGUUCUCGCUUCGUCUUCUGCCGCGCCACUGCCCGGCGCCGCGCUGCUUUGCCAUAUCACUAUGCUCCCGGCUUCACCUUGUAUCCUUGCCCCAACUCCCUCGCCGCGCCGCGCCCGACUGGCUCGGGGCCUGCGUGCGCUGUGCCACCCCUCUUGUUCCCCCCCAUACACUCCUCACGAUCUGCCACUGCGCGCUCAAGCCGCGCUUGCAAGCCAAUGAAACAGCCAUGCCCUCUC